AUGUUCAAACUGCCUAAGCGCGUAUCAUGCAUUAGCCGACUGCCGAAGCGUCAUACGUGUCGGUCGUGUCAACAAAAACAUCAUUCGAUGCUUCACACGAGCGCUGAGCCUAGCUCGGGGUCAUCGACCAUUGCAACCACCGAUACUGCGUCCAUCUCGACUACACCUGCGGCCGAAGUGACCUCGCUGAUCUCCUCAUCGGACAAGCGAUUGCGUUCUCGCGUGUUAUUAGCCACGGCGCUAAACCGAGUGAGCAUUUCCUCCGGUCGCUUUGCUGUCGUUCGAGCUCUUAUCGAUCAGGGUUCGGAGAUGACCUUUGUCAGCGAGCGCCUUGUUCAACUCUUGAAGGCCAAACGGGUUAGAUCGCCUAUAUCUGUUUCCGCGCUCGGUGGCAUUUCCGCCGGCACAUUCCGACACGCGGUGCAAAUUCGAGUCACGCCUAGUCACGCGUCUAAUCCGACGUACGACACCACCGCGGUCAUUCUGCCGAAGACGCUUACGUCGUAUGCUCCGACUGACCGGUGCAAUUUCGAGUCGUAUGCGCACCUGAAGAAUCUGACACUCGCGGACGUAGACCCGACCAGUUCGGAACCGAUCGAGGUAUUACUCGGUGCCGAUUUAUACAGCGACAUCCUGAGAGACGGAUUUCGUCGCGGAGAGACCGGGCAGCCCAUCGCACAAAACUCGGUGUUCGGAUGGAUCAUUUCCGGUCCCGUAGAACCAUCGGAUCCCGGUUCCACCGCUGAGUCGACGAUCUCCGCCGGGCACCUUCACGUUCAUCACGUUUCUUCGUCCGAAUCGCUUGAUCGAGAGCUUCGACGAUUCUGGGAAACGGAAGAAGUGCUGUCGCGCCCUAUCGCGGAUACUCUCGAUGAUCAAUGCGAACAACAUUUCCAGUCGACCCACUCUCGCGAUUCAGAGGGCCGGUAUAUCGUUCGGUUGCCGUUUCGACGCGGUCCACCCAUCAAUAUCGGCCAUUCUCGGACCCGCGCGGAGAGUUGUUUACAUUCCGUAUUUGCCAAGCUUAGACGGAACGAUGAUCUUAAAAAAGAGUACACCGAGUUCAUGGACGACUAUGAAAGGCUCGGACAUAUGCGACCUGCUCCUCGGCUGCGUUACCCCACCGAUCAGGUUGUGUACAUCCCGCAUCACGCGGUUGUUCGGGAAAGCAACACAACCACUCGUCUCCGCGUAGUGUUUAACGCGUCGAGCGCUACGUCUAACGGCACGUCAUUGAAUGACCAUCUCUUGCCAGGUCCGAAACUGCAGACCGACCUGCCCGCGGUCAUCAUGCAAUGGCGUCAACACAAAUACGUAUAUUCGGCCGACAUCGUGAAGAUGUACCACCAAAUCCGCAUUCACGAGGACGAUGUUGAUUACCAGCGAAUCGUCUGGCUUGACACGCAAUCCCGGCCGCUCGAUUAUCAGCUUCUCACCGUUACCUACGGAAUGGCCUGUUCCCCCUUCCUUGCACUCGGAGUCAUACGUCAGUUAAGUCGCGACGAAGGACACCGGUUCCCGUUGGCGGUUCAGGUCCUCCGGGAUAAAAUUUACGUUGACGAUGUUCUCUUCGGAGCCGACGAUCUAACUCGCAUUCGGCUGGUCCGUGACCAGAUAAUCGCGCUUUUGCAAAGCGGGGGAUUCACGCUCCGUAAGUGGUCUAGUAAUUCGGUCGAGCUCCUCGCCGAUAUCGACAGGGCUAAUCACGGGCUCGCCUGCAGUAAGGAUCUCUCCUCCGACGACCGCGUAAAAAUUCUCGGAAUCGGGUGGAAUCCGUCAGCCGAUGCUUUCGAGUUCAGAGUGUCGCUGCCUGAUAUCGAACCGCGAACCAAACGGCUUAUUCUUUCGUCGAUUGCGAAACUGUUCGACCCACUCGGCUGGGUAACACCCGUCAUCACGACUGCCAAAAUCUUCAUGCAGCAGCUCUGGAAGACGAAACUCGGUUGGGACGAGUCCAUCCCCGAUCCGCUGUUAAGUAAGUGGCACGCAAUCUAUGCGAUCAUCGACUCGCUUAACGGAUUGACCGUGACCCGGUGGACAGGCCUCUCCGCUAAUAUUCGGUACGCCGAGCUUCACGGAUUUUCAGACGCGUCCACUUUAGCUUACGCGGCCGCGGUCUAUAUCAAAACCGUCCAGUACGACGGGGAAGUACGCGUCACUCUGCUCGUCGGAAAGUCGAAGGUCGCUCCACUCAAGCCGAUGACCAUUCCGCGGCUAAAACUCUCCGCCGCGGGGUUACUUGCUAAACUUAUUCCCUUCGCUCGACGUAAUCUCGGAAUAGACGAUCUUCCGUGCCACUGUUGGACUGACUCCACAGUGGUACUAGCCUGGAUCUCUCAGCAUCCAUCCCGCUGGCGAACCUUCGUCGCCAACCGGGUCGCUGAGGUCCAAGAGCAAUUAGCAAGCUGCGAAUGGCAUCACGUACCCACGGACUGCAAUCCCGCCGACUGCGCGUCCCGUGGAGUACUCGCCAACGAAAUCGGGACUCAUCCACUAUGGUGGCAUGGUCCAUCCUGGCUUAAGCUGUCAGCGGACAACUGGCCCUCACGACCGGCCAUCCCUACCGCCGACGCCUCUCUCGAAGAGAAGUGA